CGCCUUAGAAAUUGUAUGAGGAACAAUGCAAGGCUGCAGGAACUUGGAAUUUAUGCUUUAUCUAGUAUAUUUGCAAACAGAAGUGCCAUUGCUCUCGACCACAACAAAGCAACUCAUAGAAAUGCUGAAGAAUCUGAAUCUGAGUAUGAACCUUCACGUGACGAUACUAGUGAAGAAGAUUUGAUUGCUGAUGACAAUACUAAGCAACUAUGCAAGGAGAAGAGUAGCAAGAAAACUAACAAUCAAACUUCAGAUUUGCCUACUGGUGGAGUCAAGUUUAGAUCUCGUAAAAGAGUUUAUGCACAACAACCAAGUAGAGUUACAACGUCAAAGAAAAGUGUUACCCAACCUGAUGCAAACCUGACACCUAGUAGCAUCCUUGUGCCAUCUCUAGUGCAACCUGAUGCAAGUCUAACACCAAUUGACAUACGUGGUGUCUUUGAAGAUAAUGACCUUGCCUUGCAUAAUGACAAUAUCCACAUGUCAUGGCUGGCAUCGCAUACGAGCGCAGGAGGCAUACGAAGGAGCAAGACACCUUGCCGGAUAAGACAAAUCAUCCGGAAUUAGUUUCAGAUUAGUUAGCUAGUUUAAUUAGUUGGAAUUAGUUUCAGAUUAGUUAGUUGGUUUCAUAAUUGGUUUUAUUAGUUGGUUUCGUGUUGGACUCGUUUUGGUGUAAGGCUAUUUAAAGCCACAAACUUACUGUAGAAGCAAUGAAGAUUUAGUCUCUAUU